AUGGAACCUUGGCUCAAUUCCCUUUCAGAAGACUGGAAGUCGGAACAACGCUCCUCCUCUCCCGCUCCCUCCUUCUCCAGCAGCCACCAGCAUGGCAACACUGCGCUAUCUCGAUCACAAAGUCGCAUACCACACCUGGCCAAGAAUAUGCGCAAAGACUCGUCUACCGGAAGCUUUCUCAGGCACCGGUCGACACGGGGGCAAGCUCGCACAAACGGCGAGCCGGUCUUGAGAGAACGAAGCGCUUCAAGUCUCAACGUUCCUGCGACGGCUGACCCUCAGAAAUUCACCAGUCUCCCACGUCGUCCCUCGAGCGUCUUCUCGGAAUCGCAAAACUCGGUCCAACACCACACAAUUCACGAGAAACCCACAUUGGCAGAAACACCUGAAUGGAAGAGGAGGCUAGCCAAUGGCGAAGACAUUGCGAGCGAUGGGUUUGAUCUCUUCUCCCCCUCGAAAUUAGAGGGCAUUUUCAAACAGCCGAUUCCAUCUCAAUUGAACAGUGACAACGACGUGGAACAAAAUGAUACCGACCAGAAGAUUCGAAAACCCUUCUCCUUACCUGUUUCGAAUUCUUUCCCAGAGCAGUAUAGCAGCUUCCGACCCGCCAGGGGCCAUGUGAACUUGGAGGUAUUGGAAGAAGUCAGUGAGGAAGAAGAGACGCAACCGCACGAUAUGCCUGCGUUGGCUUCGGACCUUGCACGGUCAGGAUCUCUUAAAGGUCUUGUUAAGCAACGAGUUCAAUCUCUCGAGCGUCCUCACGGAAGUGGAGGCUCCAGACGUCCCAAGCAGCUGCUCAAUGAGAACCACGAACGGGAAGGCAUCAAUAUCCACGACCCGCGAUGGCGGACAAUAAGCGGUCAGGAAGAAUUGCAGAAUGAGUUCAUCAGCCCAGUCACGAUGUCCAAGCAAAAUUCAAUACGCGCAACGGUUCUACGAAAAUCCGUGGACGUUGACAUCGACGCGCUACAACAUAAACUGAAGAAUGCAGCGUUGGGGGAAGCGGAACGACCGAGUUCAAGCUCAAGUGACAGGCACGUUAACUACGGGAACAACAACGCUGAAAACCCAAAUAAUGAACCUCUGCCGGAUUUGACCUCUCAGUCUUUACCCGAUGAUUUAUCAAUGGGAACCCAAGAAUUCAUAUCGCAUGGAGGUUUCAUCAAUUCAAGACGAGGCGGACGCUCGAAUGAAGCUUCUUUUCUCAGGAAAAGCCUCUCUCAAGAACCUUCACCAAUGGACUUGAACUCGCGAGCAACCCUUCAACUUCACAGUUCGCCGCCUCAAUACUCCCGAAUGCUGGAUGACAGUAUUGAACAAAGUAAACUAAGUGCAAGCGCACCAGUAACACCAGAGGAUACGAGCGUCGUACAUCAUAUCGGAAGUCAACUUGGACCCGCUUCAUCUGGAAGUCCACUCAAGCUUUUCGGGAAUCGUGAUACAUAUACAAGUAACAAGUUGAUGCGAAUAUUGAACCAUUUUGAAGAGGCCGGAACCUCACAAGACAAGGCGGAAGAUGAAGUUUUGACAGAAGAGCAGCGAGAUAAUGCCUUCCGCAUGAGUCAAUUUGGCCACGGUGAGCUGGACGAGUUUGGCUUCGAUCAAGACAUCCCGAGACCAUCACCAAUUGAAACAGCAGUGAUUGCCUCUGCAGAUAGAAUCUUCAAACCUAUCACCACCAAUGAUGGCGGAGCCCAGACUUCAGUCGAUGAGACGAAAUCCAUCCUCUCGGUAUCCAGACAUGUGGAAAAGGAAGGCGACCCUCCAAAAGACGUUGGCCUUUCAGAGAAAGAUAGGACGGCAAAACGACAGAAAACACUUUUGAACGAUCAGGGCAAUGCACAAGGCCAAGGAACGGAAGUCCAAAGGAACUAUCUGGAAGUAAGAGGUCCUCCUGAAGGAAAGAAAAGAAAGGAUGCUAGACCGGGUAAUGAUGGAACUCUAGCUGAUCCAGAAAUUCUUGCCUCUCGUAACCUUCUCAAGCCGAAAUCGGCAAGGAGGUCGUCGGUGAAUCGAAUCACGCCAGCGAAUGUGUUGGAGGCCAGUGUCCAGAAAAUCGUUCCAGAGCAAUCAGAAGCGAACCUGACAGAGGCUCUGGCCACGGAAUUGGCAUCAUUCGCACAAGGAGCUGUUCAGGUCAACAAUGAUUCACGCAAACCGUCACUUGCUACUAAGGACUAUAUGGAAGAAGCGAACAAGGUCAUGCAAUUUAUUCGUUCUCGAGGAAAACCAAUAUCAGUUUUGCCAGACAUCGGUGAACCCGGCAACCUGUCCGAUCUCAACCCUGACGCGAUUUUGGAUCUGGACAUUGAUGCAGAUUCAACCAAGGACGAUUUUUCUCGACCGCCAUCUCGGAAUCGUACCUCUGUGCCAGCCGCAGAUCGUCGUCAUGCACGACAUGACUCCAGAACAGCAAGCUACUUGAGAAAAUACCAGGAUGAAGACGGUAUUGAAGCUCUAGCAAACACUUCGGUCUUUGGCACGUUGGCCCCCACAGGCAAUAACCUGGCCGUUACGCCAGCCCAGAUUCCCGUCUCCAGUGAUUUGCAAGAAAGCAGUCCUCCGAACAUGCGUAUUCGGAAUCCAACGGAGACAAUGCGGAAACGAAAGCAUUCAGCCUCAACCAUUGAAGGGGCUCAAGCCUUCACUCAGGACCAAACUUCGCAGACUCAGUAUUCGUCCCGCAAUUCGACGCAACACACCUUUCCAACCAAUUCGUCAAGGUCAGGUCAUAAAGGCGUCAUUGCAUCUGGAACUGUGUCGAUACCUGAUCAUGUGGGGAUGAUGACUUUCGACCAUGAAAGGAAGACUUGGAUCAAGAAAGCACACGGCACGAAUGGUACAAAGCCCCCCGAGAGAAGAGACCGUCAAACUUUAACGGAGGAUGAUCCGUUUGAGGAUAUACCUGAUUUGAGCAUUGAUGAACAACGAGAAUUGGAAUCCGAGACCCGACGCACUCAGCCAUUGACUGUUAAGCCAACUAGAAUUGAUACCGUUGAUGAAGAAACGAAAGCUCGUUCGCAAGCUUCUCGAAAACCUUUGGCAGAACUCGAGCCUCAGGUUGUGAAAGAACGCGAUCAAUUCCUCUUGGAGACCGAAGAUGAUGAGGAGAUUGACCGGAGUUCUCUUCGCUCGAAGGCUUCAGAACACGAAUCACGGCUUCAUGAUGGCGUUCCAUCACAGCCGCCCGCCUCGCUCAAAGAUGAUCGGAAACAGGCGCGAGUGGUUACAAUUGCAUUUUCGUCCCCAGUUGUUUCAGCCGUCAAUUAUGCCAACAUUUCUGAGGAUGAUUUGGAUGAUUUGCCACGCGAAGAAGAUCUGCCACUUGAUGAUUCAGAGUUAGAAAUCAGCGAUACAGGCGUCAACAGAGGAACGAAGCAAAUCUUUGCUGCCGAGAAAGUAAUGCAUUCUCCCAAAGAAAGGAGCCAGAAAACUUCCCGGGACCACGAACCCGCCGUUACAUUCAAAUCCCAGACGAUGUCACCAAUUGAGGAACAUAUUGAAGAACAUGACGAAGAACCUCCUGCUGGACAGAUGAGCCUGGUCCACGUCAAUCAGUCAAAUGAAUUGACUCCGGCACCACCGCGAAUAAUGGUGAAGCACCAGAAAAGUGCAAACAAGGCUUCAAGUAUUCUCUGUCUGACUCCAUUAUCCGAAUUCUCCGUUCACCAAGUCGACUCCGCCAAACAUCCCGAUCAGAGUUACGUCGAAGAGAGAAAACACCCUAAUGCCCUUCGACAGGCACACGGUUCUUUGGCGUUGGCUGUUGACGAGCUUGUCAAGGCCAUCACAGAUGCGGUGCCGGAGGAACUUUACUGGGAACAACUUCAUCGCAUGACCAUAGGUGCAGGCAGUAUUUCCUCUGUACAUGGCUUGAAAGAUUACUGUCCCGCUUUGGAAGAACUCUCCGCCUUUGAUAACAAAAUCGCUCAACUAGGAGGCUUGCCAAGUUCUUUGCGGGUUCUUGAUAUCCACAAUAACAUGUUGAAUGAUUUGACAUCUUGGGGUCACCUGUCAAAUCUUCAAUAUUUGGAUGUAUCUGGGAAUCAACUUGAAAGCCUCGAAGGCUUCCGUUCGUUGAUCCAUUUGCGAAGUCUGAAAGCCAACAACAACCGAAUUACAAACAUUGAUGGCAUUUUAGAUUUGAAUGGUUUACUCGAGCUUCAACUCGGUGAGAAUUAUCUCGGCACCGUUGAUUUUGAAGGGUCUGAACUCAGUCGAUUGAGAGAAUUAAACUUGAGCCAUAACCAACUUGAAGAAGUUCGGAAUCUUCAUUCUCUUCCAGCGCUUGAGGCGUUAGACCUCAGUCACAACAAGCUUGGAAAGUUUGAGGUCGAGGAUAUGAACAAGACUCUCGCUUUGAAAGAGCUGCGACUUUCGCAUAAUAAGCUUGAAGGAAUUGGCCUGAAGCGCAUGCCGAUGAUCAAGUAUCUGGAUAUGGAUAACAACAACAUCAAAGAUAUCCAGGGUCUUUCUUUGGCUUACCAUUUAGAAGACCUGUCCCUGAGACAACAAUCGGAGUCUUCACCCGUCAUGGAUCUGGUCCUCUCCACUCCAAACGAAUGCAGACGAAUUUGUCUAUCAUCAAACACGUCGUUAAAUGGGACAUUCAAAUUACCAACCUUGCCACAGAACAACCUUCGAGAAUUGGAGAUUGCAGCAUGUGGUAUUUCGGAACUUCCUGAAGGCUUCGGAGUUUUAUUUCCCAAUUGUCGGAUCUUGAACGCCAAUUUCAACGCCAUCAAGGAUGUUACACCCGUUAGGAAGAUGCUCAAACUAAGGAAUCUCCUUCUGGCCAAAAAUCGCAUCAAGAAAUUGAGACGAACUUGCUUAGUUUUGUCUAGACUUGUGUCAUUGGAAAAGGUUGACCUCCGAGACAAUCCCCUGACGAUUGGAUUUUACAGCUCUGUGCCUAGCAAAAUAACAAACGACCAGUCACUACCCGAGGCACGAUAUCAUCUGCCCGAUGGGUCUCAGGUGGAGGAUGCCACUUGGAUGAAAGUUCUUGAUGAAGUUACUGGACUGAGACGACGAACUAUCGAACUCCUACUUGCUGAGCAUUGCAAGAAACUGGUUCAUCUUGAUGGAUUGGUUCUAUGUCAUGAGCGAUUGAAUGCAAAGGACGAAACAUGGAAUAAAUUGACCGAGCAGGGUGUGUUGAUUAAACCCUCAUCGCCAUCAGAACGCAGUCUGGAAAGACCUGCCCAUGAAAACGAGGGAACUUAUGAUGCUGAGGAUCACCAGAAGGUUUCGAGGGAUGCUGACGGAGAUGUUAAUGCCUGA